AUGGCUGAUGAAGAAUAUGAGGCCGAAGACCCUGGGGCAGAUUAUGAUGACAUUGCCGAAGAAGACGACAAUAUUGAAGAAACCGAGGAGCAGGAGGAAGAUGGUUAUAAUGUGCAAUGUCUUGCUCCUGGUCAGGCAGGUGGAGGAGUGGAAAAAUCAAAGCGAAUCACUACAAGAUAUAUGACUAAGUACGAGAGAGCCAGAGUAUUAGGAACAAGAGCACUUCAAAUUGCUAUGUGUGCACCCGUUAUGGUGGAGUUGGAAGGUGAAACAGAUCCCCUACAAAUAGCUAUGAAAGAAUUGAAACAUGACAUAAGUAAUGUAGUGAACGCGUGUAGUUCCACCGCCUGUCGCGCUUCGUGGGACGCGCUUGGCAAGCGCACCGUGCUGAAUAUCGCUGAAAGCUCCGCUGUGCGGGGAACAUCUUUCGUACGCCAGUACCCCUCCGACCAGCGAUGCUGUGCUGUCUCCGGAAAUAGAAUUGGCCGAUCAGGUGCGCGAGUGUGUGUGCAAAUGACUGGUAGUCCGUCAUAA